GCCCUCACACCGUUAAACCUGGGUAACGUAAUCAGAGACAGAAUACCUCACACCGUACCCACUACUUUUAGAGAUAAGCUGCGGUUACAUUACCAUUCUAUUGUUUUCUUAUGACGUAUUGCGUCCGCUUCUCUAAAAUCUUGAGACGGAGCUAUAUGCUGUUAGUGUGCUAAUCAGCCUUUCUGCAGUCUCUUCUAGAAUAAAAGUACAGAUGCUGAAUACUUGCAUACUUGUGAUAAUAUGCUGCCACACAAGAUAAAACUCUUAAGCAGUGGGAGAAAUAUCCUGUCAAGAAUUUCCUCAGAGCCAGUUUCAAUUAAAAUCCAGAGAAACUUAGAAGGAUCUUGUUCCACAAGUCACAGGAUUCAGAAGAUCCUGGUACCUGCUGUCAGAAGCUACACCACCUCUACACAAACUCCAUCUUUAAAAUCUUGUCACUAUGAUAAAUCAAGCAGGGUUGUACUGGACAGGUUGCAGGGACAGAGAAGUGAAGUUUUGCAACAAAGGGUGAACAAUAUCCAUUCUCAAAGUGGUAUUUCAAGGACAACAAGUUCUGUAACAUCAUGCAAACCUUGUAUCCAUCAUUACCACACAUCAGCUCGAAGACAGGUUAUCAAUGAUGAAGACGGGUCAGCUAGCAAGGAGAGCUGGUUGAGGAAACACAAGAUGCAGUUAAAGUCUGCUCCACCAGCAGCACUUGUCCUGGGAUUCUCUGGGUUGAUACCAUUCAUCGCUCCUGCAGCUUACUCCAUCAUCACUUUCUCCUGUGGACCUCAAGUGGCCUUUGCGCAGGUUGCCUACGGUGCCUGCAUCCUCUCCUUCCUAGGAGGUGUCCGCUGGGGAUUUGCCAUUUCUCCUCCAGAGACCCCAACCUCCCUGAGCCUGGUAAUGAGUGUACUGCCCUCGCUUGUUGCUUGGACAGGUCUCAGUAUGCCCAUCCAGCCUGGUCUUGUCUGCAUCAUCACAGGCCUUGCGCUGGCAGGGAUCGUGGACUCUCGCUUCAAGUCCUUCCCGUCAUGGUUCCGCUCCCUAAGGUUUCUCCUCACAACCUUUGCUAUCCUGUCUGUCUCAGUGACCUUUGGAUUCAGUGUAUUAUACCCUCCUCCUGAGCCAGAGCAUGGUUAUAACUUCAAGAAGCUUAUCAAAAUUGCCCAAAUAAUUGUGCAAGAUUAAGGAGAAAGAAUUUUCAAAUUCAGAUUAUGCAAAGAAAAAAUAUUCAGAUUCUUGAAUAUCUGUUUUAUUUUUCCCCCUUUUUUAUCUUCUCUGACUCCAUAGAGACACUUUUACCUGUGCUAAAUCCUGGCUACAGUACUUAUGCCCCUGAAAAAAAAAAGUUUCAUUUAUGAGUACAUUGAUUUUUAACUCCCGUUGGAUGGUGAUGUAAAAGAUUGAUCUCCAAUGUUAAAACAAAUUCAUACCCGAUUAGUAGACAUCUGUAAAAAAAUCAGAUAACUUAUCAUCUUGGCAGACUGGCAGGCUAGCCUAACAGCAAGGACCAGACCAAAUAAUGUUUUUUAUGUCUAGAACAAUAUUGCUGCAAUACAAGAUUUUGUUGUCUGAAAUUAUUAAUGCUGAAUAUCUUCUAGAUACGUAUUUAUCAUGGUUUUAACAUCACAUUUUCUCAUAUUGUUAUAGUUUUCUUACACUUUUGGUGUGAUCAAAAGUUAACAUUUACUUUGUCUUCCUAUAGCAUGUAUCACCAAACUGCAUGAGGAAAAUUGUUACAGGGUGUGCUAUUUAUUUACUCUUGUUAUUUUCAACAUUGUUCUUGGGCUGAUAUAGCUGUACAUGUACAUAAGAGUGAUGUUUGAAAUCCAUAUAUUUCAGAUUGAUAAACAAAAAGAAAAGUUAGCUAAUGAUUACAAUGAAUGAAGUACUAGUACAUCCAAUAAACAAUUGAAAACCUGAUUUGAUAUUGUAGCGAUUUUGUAAAUGUCAAUUUUUGAACUGUUUUUUUUUUCAUAACUCAAGAAUGCCAUACAUGUAGAUGCUGCCCAAGAGAUUAAGGGAUUAUACUCCAUUAUUUGUUGAACAGUAGGCCUAUAUUAUACAGUGCGUAUCAAAAAAAAGUUUACACUUAGAAAAAAUCCUGUAAAAUUAUACAUUUGUAACAUCCUGAAGAUUUUUCCACAUUUUAACAUUGGUACAGAUCCAUUUGACGAAAAAUAUUUCCGCUUGAGUGAGCACCACUUACUUUUGAAAAGUUAGUGAAAAAUGAUUUGCGCAGAACUUUGAAAUAGUUAUGCGAAUAAAAGUAGACCUUUAUCAUGAAGAACCCAUGGAAUUUAGUUAGUAAAAUUGAUUUGAAGAUAUCUUUUUUUAACUUGUUUCCUUGCCCAAAACGCUUUGAAGAGUGCAUUGCGCCACACCCCACACACCGAGGCCAUCGUGAUGAUAUUUGCUUUACACUGAGCUGUGAUUUACAUGAAAUUGCUUAGGCUUGAUUUUCAUUUUGUUAAUCAUUGUCAAGCUUGGGAAAGUGUGGAGAAACAAGUAUUAAAUGAAAAAUAAAAUGUAAACCCACUUUAAAUGAUAAAAGCUUAAUGAUAAAAUGCUAGAAAUGUCUGAUAUAAACUUUUGUUCAGAUUCAGUUAUGUCCUCAGAUCCAGCUUGCACAAAAAGGGUAAAGGUUGUGCUUUAUACCAAGUGUUGAAAUUUCAAUUUUGGUGGCAAAAUUGUUACAAAAUGCUUGAAUAUAUCCUUCUUAUUUCAAAUGACUAAAAGUGCAAGGGAAAUGUAUGAGAAAUGUUUCGCAGGGUAAGUUUGAUUUCGCCCUUCCCCCUUGACAUAGCGUGAAAACAAGCAUUUCUGCGCAAACAGAUUUCUACGAUCUUUACAAAAAUGGACAAUACUCAAGUGUAACAUUCUGUCAAAAAUUUUACUCUCAUUGGAUAGAUGAGACGCAAAUCCAAUAUGUGAAAAAAUUACCCACAUGUUGUUUUAUUUUUAAUUCCCAGGGCUUUUUCAAAGUGUAAACUUUUUUGAUACGCACUGUAUACCAUCACUUGUACCUAGUUUCAUGGGGAUAUUUGUAAGUUAUGAGUGAUGUUACAAAUGAGUGGUGAUCCUUUCUUGUGGUAAAUGGUAUACACCUAAUGUCCCUGCCAAAUGCUCUUGGUGAUUAUUUGACGAGUAUAAAGAGAGGAUCACCAGUCAUUCUUAAAAUCACUUGUAACUUACACAUGACUUUCUGAAAUGCCCACACCAGGGUAACCCAGGUAUCUGUGUGUGUGUGGGGGGGGGGGGGGGGGGUCUUUAAGAGCUAUAUGCUUGCACCACACAUUUUGCGAAAGAAAAAUGUGUAUUUUUCAUUUUCUUCCGUGAACGAGCAGUUUGGAAAAAAUUUCAAAUCUGAAGUUGUGAAACUCGAAAAGUAGUUGGUAUGGAAGCAUCUGGACCUGAGAUACUGUAUGUAUACUAGUAUUAAAUCAUUUUUUUUUUUUUUUGGUUGCUCCACUACACUAAGCCAACUUCAUUAAAUGGUGAAUGAGAGGGGAAAAAUAAGAAAAACAGAAUGGUGAAAGAUUUGAUGACAUUGUACAAGGACUAAGAACGUAUAGCUGUUUGAAAAAUGAGAUCACUAAGACUAUAAAUUUGAUAUUAUGACAAGUGAUAGGCAGGGGCAGAUCCAGGAUUUUCCAAAGAGGGGGGGGGGGCACAUUUUCCCAAGUUUCCCCAGGAAAAUUUGACAAGCAGGAAAAAAAAACGUCCUUGCUUUCAAAAGGGGGGGGGGACAUGGGCCGGAUGUUGUUUCUUGACUUACCUAUCCGCUUGUAAUCUUUUUCUUUUACCUCUAUUAAAAAGAAACUUCCAUUUUUGAUUAGAUUU